GUUAAUUUACAUAUAACACCGCCCAGAGUGGGGAUGAACAUCAUAAUCCAUUUAUUCUGGGCUGUCUCUGAAGUAGAAUACAAAAAACAGCUGGAAAAGUUUGGGAGAGUGUGUGACGAACAGGGCCAAGUGCUUCGAGAGACAAGAACCGAAGCUUGUUGGGCUCUUUGCCCCAAUUUUGGAUUACGGUAUGGACGCUUUGAAGUCGGCUGGAAGGGCAAUAAUUCGGAGCCCCAGUCUCGCUAAACAGUCAUGGGGUGUAGGCAGACAUAAAAAGCUGCCAGAGAACUGGACAGACACGCGGGAGACCCUGCUGGAGGGCAUGGUGUUCCAGCUCAAGUACCUGGGCGUCACGCUGGUGGAGCAGCCCAAAGGAGAAGAGCUCUCCGCAGCCGCCGUCAAGAGGAUCGUGGCCACGGCCAAAGCCAGCGGCAAGAAACUCCAGAAAGUGACAUUAAAAGUGUCCCCUCGAGGAAUCAUCCUCUAUGACUAUGCCUCUAACCAGCUGAUCGAGAACAUAUCCAUUUACAGGAUAUCCUACUGCACAGCAGACAAGAUGCACGACAAAGUGUUUGCCUACAUCGCCCAGAGCCAACAGAAUGAAACCCUGGAGUGUCACGCCUACCUCUGCACCAAGAGGAAAGUGGCCCAGGCAGUGACGUUAACAGUGGCCCAAGCCUUCAGAGUGGCGUUUGAGUUCUGGCAGGCUGCCAAAGAAGUCUUUCUAUCUCUCUCCUCCACAGACAAGGAGAAGCGUGUGAAGUCUGGGUCGGAUGGGGAAGGAGCCAGUAGUAGCCAGUCGGAGAGCUCGGCCAGCCUGGGCAGUCUGAAGGGAGGAGAAGUGGCCACAGGAAACCUUCUAGACUUGGCAGAGGGGGCGAACAUGGCACUGGUCCACUCGGGGACAAAGGAGAGCGAGCUGGACCCCUUCAUGGUGCGCAACCACUCCACAGAGAACAACAAUACUGUAUGGGAGCUUGAGGAUGGUCUGGAUGAAGCUUUCUCAAGACUCGCUGAGUCUCGCAAUAACCCCCAGGUCCUGGACAUUGGGGUAAACCCUCAGGACUUCAACACCGAAGAGUGCCUGUCCCCAACUAACUGGGACAAAACGGACGCAGACAACACCGAGAAAGACGAUAUGUUUGGGUUCUAAGGGUGGAGCCACUGCGGACUCAAGGCAUUGAGGAAGGCAGAGAAAGAUAGAGGGAUUUGAGUGAAAGCAGUAGAGGCAGUGACUGUGAUGUCUGUGAAAUAGUAGUGCCAUGGAGUUUGUACCUGAUUCUCCCUGAAAGUCCACUCAGUGGCGCCAUCUUGAGGGAUGUUACUGUUUGUACAUCUAGCUGACCAACCAGGUGAUACCUUCCUGAGCAGAGAGCCUCCAGAACUCAUACCAAAGCAAUGUAACCGUUUGUUUAUUUUAAUUAAAUGUUAAACAUGCAGCCAUCUGGUGUUAAAUUCAACUGUGCAUUAAUUUUUUAUUUUUCUAUUUGCCCACUGUAUAUGUGUCUACUGGUAUGUUUGAACUGUGUGUACACAAUUUAAGUAUGUAUCUACUGUAUACAUAAGCUGACAGAGCUAUAUUUUAUCAUUUUUUUGAGCGUUUGGUGAAGGCGCAGUUAAGCAUUUAGAGGCAGAAAAUGGAUAAAACAGGUUAAACCUAUGGUCAGUGUUUGAUGUGGAGUCGGGGCUAAUGCCAUGGUUAUGUUCCCUAUGUUAAUGUACCUGUGGAUGGAGGGGAAACUUCACAGGUGAUGGAUUGAAAGCCACCAGCUGAACUCCAGCCCUGAUGCCAAAUAUAAGAAUAAUGAGUGUGGGUGACUCAUCUGUGCUCUAAUAAUUGGGCAAACAGGCUUGAUCAAAAUUGACUUGCAUAUAUAAUGUGUGAGUUGUGUGUGUAUGGAUUAAUCUUUUAUUCUAUUGCUAGAUCUAUUUUUGCACUCUACUCAUCCCUCUCCAAAGCACAUACUUUCAUGUUGGGGAUUGUUAUAACAUCAAACUCUUACAUAUAUCACUGUAAUGUUGUCUAUGACCUUGUUUGUGCUAAUAAAGAUUUGAUAGUUUACUCAUCAGUUUGGGUAUGAGGAUUUGAGGUCAAGUCUCAGUGUUAAUGUCUGACAUUUUUGAAAUGUAUUUAAAUCAUUUCCAGGUUUGUUACUCCUAUUGAAUACUCCUAUUGAAUUCAAUAAAAUGUAUGUAUCAAUGUGA